UGGGCGCUGAGCUCUCGGCUACGGCUACUGGAAUCCUCAAGAGCAGAGUUAUAACAUAUCUCCACCGAAAGACGGAAACCAGCAGUAGAUUCUCCUCGAGUUUGAGGAGGGCCGGAAGGAAAGACUACACUCGCGGAAUCCCCACUGGAAGAAACGAAAAUCUAGGUUGUGUCCUCGCAGCUAUUUCGAGUUGCGCUCGGCUGGCUGGCUGGUGAUUCCAAUUCCACCCCCACAAGGCGAGGGUUGGGCGUCAAAGUUUCCGGUUCCGGCGGCUUGCUUGGCUGCAUCGACGAGGGCAGCAUCGGGAAGGAAGAAUGUCGUAUACAAACAAGAGUACAUUUGCCACGCUGCCUCGCACCCAGCGGGGGAUGCCACUGGUCCUGGGUGGGGACCCCAAGGGCAUCAACUUCCUCUACACAAACGGCAACAGCGUCAUCAUCAGGGACAUUGCAAACCCAUCGGUGUGCGACAUCUACACGGAACACUCGCAGAUGACGACGGUAGCCAAGUAUUCGCCCAGCAGAUUCUACAUCGCCUCUGCAGAUCAGACGGGCAAGAUCCGAAUCUGGGAUACGACCCAAAAGGAGCAUAUCCUAAAGAAUGAGUUUCAGCCCUUUGUGGGUAUUGUGAAAGAUCUCUGCUGGUCACCGGAUAGCCAGAGGAUCGUUGUGGUUGGCGAGGGACGCGAAAGGUUUGGGCACGUGUUUAUGGCCGAGACGGGCACUUCGGUUGGUGAAAUUGGUGGCCACAGCAAGCAGAUCAAUUCUUGCGACUUCCGACCCACUCGGCCCUUUCGGAUCAUCACCGGCAGCGAAGACAACACCGUUGGCAUUUUCGAGGGACCUCCUUUCAAGUAUAAGCUCAACAUCAGCGAUCACGCUCGCUUUGUGCAGUCUGUUCGUUACUCACCCAAUGGUGAGCUGUUUGCGAGUGGAGGCUUUGAUGGAAAGAUGUUCCUCUACAAUGCCAGCACAUAUGAGAAAGUCGGCGAAUUUGGAUCCCCAGCACACAGUGGAGGCAUUUAUGCCGUUUCCUGGAGUCCUGACAGCAAGAAGCUCCUCACUGCAUCUGGUGACAAAACGUGCAAGAUCUGGGAUGCCGCCACGAUGGAAAUGAUCACUGAAUUUCCAAUGGGCUCAGACAUUGUGGACCAACAAGUGAGCUGUCUUUGGCAGGGGGAUUAUCUGCUUUCCAUUUCACUCUCAGGGUUCAUCAACUACUUGGACGUUAAUAACCCCGACAAGCCGCUGAGGGUCAUCAAGGGCCAUCACAAGUCCAUCACUGCGUUGGCCGUUAGCCCCAACCGGGAGACCGUCUAUACGGGGAGCCACGACGGUUACAUUAGCUUUUGGGACGCCGUGACAGGAGACCAAGACCGUGUGUCAGGCGUGACGCACACAAACCAGGUGCAGGACAUGUGCACUGGCACCGAUUCUAUCUACACCUGCGGCUUAGACGACACAAUCCAUUCCAUCUCGCUUCUCAGCAAUGCGUACACCGACCUGAACCUCAAGAUGAACUCGCAGCCUCGUGGCAUUGCCACAGUGGAUGGCAACCUCGUGGUGGUCGCGGGCAUGACAGAUAUUACUAUGAUCGAGAACGGCCGAAAAGUUUCUUCCACGCCAAUCGACUAUGAAGCUAGCUCAGUUUCCCUUCACCCUAAAGAAGCAGACGUUGCCGUUGGAGGGACGACUGAUCAAAAGGUUCACGUGUACAUCCUUACCGGUGGUGUCCUGUCUGAAAAAAAGAGCCUAGACCAUCGUGGUGCAGUGACAGACGUUGCCUUUUCCCCCAACGGUGAAUACCUGGCUGCUUCAGAUGCCAACCGGAUGGUACGCCUCUACCGUGCUUUGACCUACGAGCCCGCUCACAAUCUUGACUGGUGCUUCCAUUCUGCCCGCGUCAACUGCGUCGGCUGGUCGCCAGAUUCGCGCUUCCUCGCUACUGGUAGUUUGGACACGGGGAUCAUUAUCUGGAGUACGGAGCAACCUACCAAGCACCUAAACAUCAAGAAAGCGCAUCCCCAAAGCCAAAUUACCAGGCUAGCAUGGUUGGAUGACUCGACAAUUGUGUCUGCAGGACAGGACAGCAACGUCAAGACCUGGCAGAUCAAGUUUCUCUAAGUCUACUUUAUCUCUAUAGAAUGUGCCGUCCGUCCACGGUAUUAUUUUCUUUUUUGUAACGAUGCAAGAAAUGCUGAACAAUUUGGCGCCUUUCUGUGCCAACCAAGCUAAUUUGUCAAUAAAAAAAAUGUGUCACGCA